ACCUUGUACCUCUAUGGGACACCUUGUACCUGCAUCUUACCACUGUCUGGAUCAAAUAAGUGAAACCAGAAACAGACGAUGGCCUCUCCUUAGAGGGUGCCAAGCUCAGAACAUUCCAGCAAGGAAACAGCAUCCUCUUUUCUCGUCCCUAGAAGUCCUAUGGGCAGGCUACUCACGGUGAGUGAGCCUCAGGCUUCUUAAGCUAAAGGCAUCACAAUGCCUGGAGCUGUUGGCUCAGGGCCCUCUGUGACAUCACGAGCCCCCAACACUAGCCCAUCAGUCUCUCCAGCACCACGGCAGGCAGCCCCACCAUGUGUAGUUCCCUGGGCCAGCUCUGCUCACCAUGCGGACGCUGAGAUGGUUCCUGCUCUUAUCUCUGUGCGUCUCUUGUGCCUGUGCCUUCAUGUUUUCUUCGCUGAGGGAGAAAACCAAAGAAAGCCCAGGGAAGGUGCCUUGCGGAGGACACUUCCGGAUUAGACAGAAUCUUCCAGAGAAUGCCCAAGGCUGGCUUGGGAACAAAUGGCUCUGGCUUUUUGUUGCCAUUAUGAUAUAUGUGAUGCUGAAGUUUCGAGGAGAUGGUGAGAAUAAGGAGCAGCAUCCUCCUGGCCUCCGAGGCUGCCAGCUUCGCUCUCCACCAAAGAAAGCUCAAAAUAUGUCCCCCAACAAAGACUUCACUUUCAAUACUUUAACCCAGCUCGAGAUGGAAUUGGUGAAAUUUGUGUCCAAGGUGCGGAACCUUAAGGUCUCCAUGGCAACUAACAGUAACUCCAGGCUGCAGGUUCCAGAUAGCCCCACGAACCUGUACAAUAAUGUCACAAUAUAUGAGAUAUGGGGGGAGGAGGACUCUGAGUGAAGGGGUUUAUAGUAAAGUAUAAGAGAAGACAAGUCUAGUAAUGACAGACAGUAUCCGAACUAAUAAAGACUAUUCUGAAGAAGAAAGAGUCCCCCCACGUGAGCU